AUGGGCCUGGCCGCGGAGCACGGAGGGGCCUACGCCCGGGCGGGGGGCGGCUCGCGCGGCUGCUGGUAUUACCUGCGCUACUUCUUCCUCUUCGUCUCGCUCAUCCAGUUCCUCAUCAUCCUGGGCCUGGUGCUCUUCAUGGUCUACGGCAACGUGCACGUGGCCACCGAGUCCAACCUGCGGGACACCGAGCGCCGGGCCGAGGGCCUGUACAACCAGGUGGUGGGGCUCUCGGCCUCCCAGGCCAACCUGACCAAGGAGCUCAACCUCACCGCCCGCGCCAAGGACGCCAUCAUGCAGAUGUUGCUGGGCACCCGCCGGGACCUGGACCGGAUCAACGCCAGCUUCCGCCAGUGCCACACCGACCGGACGGGCUACAUGAACAACCAAAAGUACAUGGCCGCCAUCAUCCUGAGCGAGAAACAAUGCCAAGAACAACUCAAGGAGACUAACAAGAGCUGCAACGCCUUGCUCCUCACUCUGAACCAGAAGACCAAGAUGCUAGAGGAGGAGUUGGCCAAGGAAAAGGCUGUGUGUACCAGGGACAAGGAGAGCCUGGGGCUGAGCAAGCGGGUGGUGGAGGAGCAACUGGCGGAAUGCAACAAGGCCCAGGAGCAGCAGCGGCAGGAGCAACAGCUGGCCCAGAGCCAGCUGAAGAAGGUGGAGAGCCUCUGCCUCCCCCUGGACAAGGACAAGCUCGCGGUGGACCUGCGCAACCUCUGGAGGGACUCCAUCGUCUCGCGCACCCUCGACUCGCUGAGCUACAGCCCGUACCAUGGCUCCGAAGUGGCCUCCCUACGGAGAAUCUGCGACCACAUGCCUACCUUCAUGACCACCAAGGCGGAGGAGCUGGCCCAGAGCCUGCGGAUUGACAUCCAGCGUGUGGCCCAAGAGAACUCAGAGCUCCAGCGCCAGAAGCUGGAGGCUGCGCAGAGCCUGCGGGCCCUUCAGGAGGCCAAGGAGAAGGCAGAGAAGGAAGCCCAGGCCCAGGAGGCCAAGCUCCAGGCCGAGUGUGCCAAGCAGACCCAGCUAGCGCUGGAGGAGAAGGCAGCGCUGCGGAAGGAGCGUGACAACCUGGCCAAGGAGCUGGAGGAGAGGAAGCGGGAGGCCGAGCACCUCAAGAUGCAGCUGGCUGUCAGCAACUCCGCCCUGGACACCUGCAUAAAGACCAAGUCGCUGCCGAUGUCUAUGCCAAGACCUGUGGCCCCUGCCCCCAACCCCCAGCCUAUCGACCCAGCAAGCCUGGAGGAAUUCAAGAAGAAGAUCCUGGAGUCCCAGUGGCCCCCUGCAGGCAACCCAGUCCCGUCCAGCGGCUGA